GUAAUGACAGCAGCAUUCAUCCCCUGCGUUUCCUGACGGAAAUCUACAGUUCCCUAGGUACGUUAAGAGCAGCUUUUGAGUCGACUAAAAAACAGUUCCCUAGGUACGUUCAGAGCAGCUUUUGAGUCGACUAAAAAACAGUUCCCUAGGUACGUUCAGAGCAGCUUUUGAGUCGACUAAAACAGUUCCCUAGGUACGUUCAGAGCAGGAAUUUAUUCUCAUGGAGGGCCUUCCUUGGAGUUCACCAAGUCUGCGAGUCUCCGCGAGGCUUCUGUUUCUCGUUUGCGCCGUCUGGUCCUUCGUUUGCGCGAAUUCCGCAGCACGUGCUAGUAGCUGGUCGUUGGCUUCCGAGCUAGCAGCGGCAAGGGUCCAAGAAUGGCUAGGGACCGACGAUGCCGCCGGGUCAAAGCUUAUCCGUGGGGAGAAUAUUCGUCCAGUCACAGGGACCAAAUUCAGGUCCCAAGAUCGAGUUCGCGUUGACGGUAGCCGGCGUGAUUAUACCGAAGCUGGUGACGAGUCAGCGAGACUCUUGAGCUUGACUAGCACGAGGGACAGGAAGGAUCACGCGGCAGUUGCGAGAGGGCUCGUUGCGCGGAGCACCUGGGGAACACUCAGCACCAUUUCUCAGCACCUCCACGGCUCGCCUUUUGGGAACGUGGCAUCGUUCAGUGAUGGCAUCCCUGGUAACUAUACAGGAACGCCGUACUUCUACCUCACGCCUCUGGACCCCUCUGCUGCUGACGUGGCAGCCAAUCCUCGCGCCUCAUUGGCCAUCAGCGCCAUGCCUCUCGGCACGUGCGGGGACUCGGACCCUGAGAGCCCACUCUGUGCCAAGCUGACACUGUCAGGAGAGCUGGGUCAAGUGCUGGACGCUCAAGAGCUCUCAUUCGCCGAGCAUGCUCUCUUUACACGACACCCCGAAAUGACGAUCUGGCCCAAGGACCACCAUUUCCGGGUGUUCAAGCUUGUCCUUGCUAGUGUUUUCUUCAUUAAUGGCUUCGGUGGGCCCAGGCACAUCACUGUAGAACAAUACUACAGUGCAUCUCUUGUGAAUUUGUCCAGAAGCUUCCUCCAUGAGGCUUGAUUGGGUAACUGUAAUCCUCAACGCCUGUACAUUUGUACGCAGUGAUUUUACUGGCAUGUUUCUGCGUUCUGGUCUAUUUUUCUGAAUAU